CGUUUUUGUCACAAGUCACAACAGCAAGUGGUGGUUGUGGCGGGCGCUAAAUUUUAUCUUGAAAAACUGGGAGGAGAACCAGCGUGGAAAAGAAGAGAGGAAAAUGGGGCAUCUCUACGCCUUGGACUUCGACGGAGUUCUCUGCGAUAGCUGUGGAGAAAGCUCCCUCUCUGCUGUCAAGGCUGCUAAAGUGAGGUGGCCCGAAUUAUUUGAUGGUGUAGACGCGGCCAUGGAAGAAUGGAUUGCCGAUCAGAUGCACAUGGUGCGGCCUGUGGUGGAAACUGGGUAUGAAAAUGUGCUGCUAGUGAGAUUGCUGCUAGAGAUGAGAAUACCUGCCAUUCGGAAAUCAUUGGUCGCAGAGGGACUUAAUGUUGAGGGGAUCUUGAAUAGCUGGUCGAAGAUAAAGCCUGUUAUCAUGGAAGCAUGGGGAGAGGACAGGGAUGCUUUAAUUGAUCUUUUUGGAAAGAUAAGGGAUGAAUGGAUGGAUACAGACUUGGCAACUUGGAUUGAUGCAAAUAGAUUUUACCCAGGUGUUUCAGAUGCUUUGAAGUUCGCUAGCUCAGAGAUAUAUAUAGUUACAACGAAACAGAGCCGCUUUGCAGAUGCUUUACUGCGAGAACUGGCAGGCGUAACAAUUCCACCUGAAAGGAUAUUUGGCCUGGGAACUGGGCCCAAGGUUGAAGUGCUGAAGCAACUUCAAAAGAAGCCAGAACACAGGGGGCUGAAAUUACACUUUGUUGAGGAUCGACUAGCGACUCUGAAGAAUGUGAUUAAAGAGCCUGAGCUGGAUGGAUGGAGUUUGUAUCUAGUUAAUUGGGGGUACAACACUAGCAAAGAGAGAGACGAAGCAGCAAAUAUUUCCAGGAUUGAGGUCAUUGAGCUCUCUGAUUUUAGUAAGAAGCUCAAAUAACCACUUGAUUUUCGUAUUCCAUCUAAAGUCGAUAUCAGAAACAUUUUUUAUUGUUCGCUUUCAUUAAGAUUAUAGACAAUACUUGAUUCCAAAAUUCUUUCUCCUCAGUUCAUGUUAACUGUUAAAUAAGUUGUCUAUGAGUAACUUUAUUUUAUAAUCAA